GAGGGACGAGCCGGGAGUCCGGCAGUCGUGUCCGAGCUGUCGCAUCCCGGAUUCUGCCUCAUCGCCGCCACCCCGGCCCGAGCUCGUCCUCUCUUCCGAAGCUCUCGCGCGCCCGACCGCUCGGCCCUCGGCCCUCGACCAGCAUCAUGUGCGGUAUAUUUGCCUAUUUAAAUUACCACGUUCCCCGAACAAGACGAGAAAUCUUGGAGACCCUAAUCAAAGGCCUUCAGCGAUUGGAGUACAGAGGCUAUGAUUCUGCUGGUGUGGGACUUGAUGGCGGCAAUGACAAAGACUGGGAAGCCAAUGCCUGCAAAAUACAACUCAUUAAGAAGAAAGGAAAAGUUAAGGCACUGGAUGAAGAAGUUCACAAACAACAAGAUAUGGACUUGGAUAUAGAAUUUGACGUACAUCUUGGAAUAGCUCAUACCCGUUGGGCAACACAUGGAGAACCUAGUCCUAUCAAUAGUCACCCCCAACGCUCUGAUAAAAAUAAUGAAUUUAUUGUUAUUCAUAAUGGAAUCAUCACCAACUACAAAGACUUGAAAAAGUUUUUGGAAAGCAAAGGCUAUGACUUUGAAUCUGAAACAGAUACAGAAACCAUUGCUAAGCUUGUCAAGUAUAUGUAUGACAACUGGGAAAGUCAGGACGUCAGUUUUACUACCUUGGUGGAGAGAGUUAUUCAACAACUGGAAGGUGCUUUUGCACUUGUGUUUAAAAGUGUUCAUUUUCCUGGGCAAGCAGUUGGCACAAGGCGAGGUAGCCCCCUCUUGAUUGGUGUGCGGAGUGAACAUAAGCUUUCUACAGAUCACAUUCCAAUUCUGUACAGAACAGGCAAAGACAAGAAAGGAAGCUGCAAUCUCUCCCGUGUGGACAGCACGACAUGCCUUUUCCCUGUGGAGGAAAAGGCAGUUGAAUAUUACUUUGCUUCUGAUGCAAGUGCUGUGAUAGAACACACCAAUCGUGUCAUCUUUCUUGAAGAUGAUGAUGUUGCAGCAGUGGUGGAUGGCCGUCUUUCUAUCCAUCGAAUUAAACGAACUGCAAGAGACCAUCCUGGCCGAGCUGUGCAAACCCUCCAGAUGGAACUCCAGCAGAUCAUGAAGGGCAACUUUAGUUCAUUUAUGCAGAAAGAAAUUUUUGAACAGCCAGAAUCUGUUGUGAACACAAUGAGAGGAAGAGUCAAUUUUGAUGACUAUACUGUGAAUUUGGGAGGUUUAAAAGAUCACAUUAAGGAGAUCCAGCGGUGUCGGCGGUUGAUUCUUAUUGCUUGUGGCACUAGUUACCACGCUGGUAUGGCAACCCGUCAGGUUCUGGAGGAGCUGACAGAGUUGCCGGUGAUGGUGGAGCUUGCUAGUGACUUCUUGGAUAGAAACACUCCAGUCUUUCGAGAUGAUGUUUGCUUUUUCAUUAGUCAAUCAGGCGAAACAGCUGACACCCUCAUGGGUCUUCGUUACUGUAAGGAAAGAGGAGCCUUAACUGUGGGGAUCACAAAUACAGUUGGCAGUUCUAUAUCAAGGGAGACAGAUUGUGGGGUUCACAUUAAUGCCGGUCCUGAGAUUGGUGUGGCCAGUACAAAGGCUUAUACCAGCCAGUUUGUGUCCCUUGUGAUGUUUGCUCUCAUGAUGUGUGAUGACAGGAUCUCCAUGCAAGAGAGGCGCAAAGAGAUCAUGCUUGGACUCAAGCGGCUGCCAGACUUGAUUAAGGAAGUGCUGAGCAUGGAUGAUGAAAUUCAGAAGCUGGCAACAGAACUUUACCACCAGAAGUCAGUCCUGAUAAUGGGACGAGGCUAUCACUAUGCUACAUGUCUUGAAGGAGCCUUGAAAAUCAAGGAGAUUACUUACAUGCACUCUGAAGGCAUCCUGGCUGGUGAGCUAAAGCAUGGCCCUCUGGCCUUGGUGGAUAAGUUGAUGCCUGUCAUCAUGAUCAUCAUGCGAGACCACACUUAUGCCAAAUGCCAGAAUGCUCUACAGCAAGUGGUUGCACGGCAGGGGCGCCCUGUCGUGAUCUGUGAUAAGGAGGAUACUGAGACUAUUAAGAACACAAAAAGGACAAUCAAGGUGCCCCACUCAGUGGAUUGCUUGCAGGGCAUUCUCAGUGUGAUCCCCUUACAGCUGCUGGCUUUCCAUCUGGCUGUGCUGAGAGGCUACGAUGUUGAUUUCCCACGGAAUCUUGCCAAGUCUGUAACUGUAGAGUAAAGGGCAUCUGAAACUUAAGACAGUUGAGAAACAUAAGAUACCUUUUGUAUGUAAAUUUUUGAUUUAAACUGUUUAGUAAAUUCUUAUUUAUAUAUCAGUUAUAAUUAUCCCACUCAAUUAAUGAUUUUUGUGCAAUUGCCUCAUUUUCAAUAAUACAUGGGGGAGUUUGAUUCAUAGAAUUUAAAUCUAAACUUAAAUUAGAGAGAUUUUAGCUGUAGUGUUGUUUAAAGAACUGGAUAAUAAAUUCAUGGUCCUCCACUUCAACCAAGGAUGAUUAUUGAGCUUUUGAGAUGAUUGUUGUUUUAUCAUGCCUUGAUUCAGUCAGACUCAUGAAAGACCAGUGCAGUUAAUUGGAAUACUCAAAGUCAAAAGCCAGUGCCUGGACACUUGCUGAAGGCUUUGCUACAUUAUUUAUAAGUGGAAGAUGCUGUGGCUUAUUUUGAAGCUUGUCUCUGUUUUGUUUUUAAAUCAAACUAUACAUCUAAAAAAAAACCUGGUAAGGUUUGUAUCUAAGUUCAGUUAAAUUAGUUUAAACAUGGCUGUCAUCUCUAGGUAGAGGGAACAUAGAGGGCAGUGUGUUGCAGUGCAUUUGUGUCCUCCACGCUUGAAUAGAAGACCAUGCAGAGUUUUGUAGCACUGCAAUUUCUACUACUUUAGAUAACGACAGUGUGACUGAACAUUUGAAAAUAGGACAUGGGCAUCCUACUCCUUAGUUCUUCAUCUCCUAAGAGUAGUUCACAUUUCCUUGAAACUGUAGAGCUUAAUUAGGGAAACAAACAAACAAACUGUUGAAUGACAUACUUUGUCUCCUUUGAAAUCAUAGCACAGAGUUGCUAUCAAGCAUCUCGAAUUGGCUUGUUCUUGAGCGUUGUCCCAGGAGUUUCCUGCAGGUUCAUUCCUCCUUUCUUCCCUGUCUAGUUGAAGAAAGCAUCCCCUCAGUGUGAGUUUGGAGGUUCUUUUUGAUUAUUUGUGAGAUUUGGACACUUUUCACUGGUCAUUUGAUUUUCAGUGGAUGUGGUAGAUGAGGCUUAGAACAUCACAUACUUCCUACUGUGGAAUUACAUGAAAUUUAGGGUUGCUUUCUAGAAUUUUACUUUGUAUUGUCUUGACUCCUGUUUAGGAAUGAUUAUAAUAUAAAUAAGUGGUAUUGACAUGUGUUCACACUGAUAGUAUCAGAAAUGGAGUCAACAAAUGGGAUAAAUAGAACAUUAGUUUCAUACCCCAAAAAUGUGUGGAAUAAUUUCUUCAUAGAGAUAUUUGGGUCAGAUUGUGUGGGCUCUAGGAAGGCGUGUUGUGUUGAGGUUAGGUCCAUUUCUUUCAAAAGCUUUCACUUUUACACUGUGGAAGUACAAUAGUGUACUUGGUGGCUCACUCUUUUUAUUUGAACUUGAUGCUAAGCAUUUCAUGCUAUGAUAGAAGUAUAGGCUUCUUGUGGAGAUUGGUUGAAGUCAGAGUUUAUGUGACUUCACUCACAUUGAUGGAGACUGGAAAUCUGAUUUUUAAAUAUUUUAAUUAUUUCCAAGAUUUCAUGUUUGUUUAGCAUGUGUGUGAUAUCAUUUCUUAUGUUUGAUGUAAUAGCAUGGCUGUGUGUGUGUGUGUGUGUUGGGUUUUGUUUUUGUUUUUCCACAUGUGUUGCUGUGGAGUACGGGGUGGUGUUGGUACGCUGAGACAUUGUGAAAUGAUCACCACAGUAUUCUUAGGUCAUCAGUUACUAAUCCAGAGUUCUCUUGGAGCUGUUUUAAAUUACACAGUUCAGUUUUACUAAUCAUCCUGUAUGUAAUGGAACAUCAGAACUUUCUUCUGCUGUCUGGCUCUGACUUUGAACCCAUUCACCAGUUUCCCUUCCAUACACACUCCAAGCCAGGACAAAUCCUAAAGACUAAAUAGUCAAAGACGCAAAUGAAGACCAGAGUAUUAUUUCCUAAACAAAUAUUAUCCCUAUCCCAUUUUGCUUUCUACCCUGGUUAAUACAUUGUGCUUAAAUUCUUUUACUAAAUUAAUCCUUAGCACCCUAAUGUUUUAGAGAGGCAAGCCACUGAGUGGAUGAGUAGGCCCAGUUAAAAUUGGUAUAAUACAGGACACAGAAAUCUAGUUUUUCAAAACAAAAAUACCUCUGCAAAGGGGAGGCUUUCUAUGAAAAGUUCUUUCUUGUAGUGUGUUCAAAGUUUAAGUUCACACAUAUAUCAUUCCUUGGGAGCUUUUGCUAGGCAGGGAGGACUGUGGGGUAGGCACCUGACUCAUGGCCCAGUUAAUGGUUACUUUGAAGUCAGCUGUAAAAAAAGAAAAAAUUAUCUAUGCCAUAGGAGUAAAAAGGCUAUAGAAAAUGUACUAUUCACUUAGUUUGUGAUAUGUCAGCAGCUGUGUAUAAACACCUGCUAUGAGCAGGUUGCUGUGUUAGGCAGCAGAACUACAUCUUUGGAGUAGUUCUGAUUAUCCCCGGUGGACCUGUUUCUUGUGAGAGAGUGGAAAGAUGGAGUUGGACUGAGGUGUUGUUAAAUGCUGUGAAUGGAUUUAUUUACUUAAACAGUGGUCCACAUUUAUGUUCCAGUCUAUUCACAAUAGAUACAUGGAUCUAUGGUACUAUAAAGAAAAGCAGUUAAUAAUAUACCAAGAUGUUAAGUUGUCGAAUGCUCCUUGGAGGGGUGUCACAGGGUACUAUGCGGAGGUCAUUAGUUCAGAAAGCUAACAUGAGUUUUUCUGUGUAGCAGGUUGUUUCUGACAUGAUAUGGUCAUAUGGUCAUCUCCAUUUGCAUCCAGGGCUUUUAACUUAAGUAGUUCUGAAGGUGAGAGAAAAGGAGCCUGUUUUUGGUCCCUUGUAAUAUUCUUCUGAAAGUCAUUUUUGUCAUUCUUUAGAGAAGGAAACUAGCUGAACUUUAACAAAUACUUUCAGUUUUGGGGAUUAGUCUUUUAUCUUUUUUUUUUUACAAUUAGGAUAUUCUAUAGCAAUAAAAGAAACCAAGGUUACCUGUUUAUUAUAUAACUGGUAUGAUUUUUCUAAAAAAUUUAAAAGCACAAUGUCAUUGGGAAAUGUUUAUUAAAAAAGAAUUCAUAAUUCACAUUGAAUUUAGGAAGGCCAAAGAAAUGGAAGGGAAUGGUAAAGACAUUUUGGUUCAUGACAUCCACGUUUGGUAAGUUGUGUCUCCAAGAAUACAACAGUGUUUUAAACUUGGUGAUGGAUUUCUCAUGACUUUGUUUACUCUCAAGUUUUAAAGUUUUAACAUAUAAGUUGGUCUUUCUCACUGUAUUUAAAGAUUGUUAAUAAGUAUUUCAAUAUCUUUAUAGCUUGAUGGAUUUAAACAUCCUCAGAUCUGGGAUAGUGACAUAAUAAAACUGACAACAUUGGCUUCAAAUACUAAUGUCCAUAAUUAAGGAAGACUGUUAAGUUCUGCUGUGUCAACUGUUAAGUCCAAUCUAGCCUGAGAGUGUUGUAUUAGAAAAGAUACCACAAUACAAGGCUGAUGAGGACAUCUUAGGAAAUUCUCACAUUAGCUUGUUUUUUGUACUAGUUUCCAGAGUGGGUAUGGAAAUGGUCUUGUUAAGUGUUCUCUGGUUGAAUGUGUUUUUCCAUUGAUCAAGUUUUGAUAUUUGUUUAAAUUAUACUUCUGUGGGACUGGGGGCUUAGGAAUAAUCAUUGCUCUGUUUUGAUUUUGUAUUCUUUUAAAUGAAUGUUUAGUUUUCUGAGCCAGAUGGUUAUUUCAUCCUCAUGUCCUGUUAAAUCCAGUGACUAUACCGGAACUGUGAAUAAAUUACCCAAAACCUU